AUGGACGAUGUUGCUCUUAUUGAGGAUGAACCGAAGCCAGAAGAAUCUACCGCGAUGUCUGAACACGAUGAGACAUCCCAGACAGAACAGAAUGGAGUCAAACUGGAUAAUGAAGAGGACAAAGGUGAAGACGAGAAAAUGGAUGGGAAAGACCGCUCUGCCGCCCGAAAAGGAAACCGCUUUCACCCUUACAAAGAGAAACAGGAAAGGAAGGCCGGUCAGAGGAACCGAGUCUUCAUCAGCAAUAUCCCAUAUGAUUUGAAGUGGCAGGCUAUUAAAGAUCUAAUGCGGGAGAAAGUUGGUGAGGUUACAUACGUGGAGCUCUUUAAGGAUGGAGAUGGAAAGUCAAGGGGCUGUGGUGUGGUAGAGUUCAAGGACUACGACUUUGUCAAAAAGGCUCUGGAAGUGAUGAACAAAUAUGUGUUGAAUGGAAGACCACUCAACAUUUCAUCGGAUCCUGAAGGAGAAAUCGCUCGGCGUGUGAUUCAGCGUUUUGCCAGGGGGCCGUUGGGAGGUCGCCCUGAGGUGGCAUCUGUGGUCAACAUCCCGCCCUCUAUCGCCAACCACCCCAACAUCCCGCCAGAGAUCAUCCACGCACUGAGAGCCGGACGCCUGGGAACCACAGUCUUUGUGGCCAAUCUGGAUUUUAAGGUUGGCUGGAAGAAGCUGAAGGAAGUCUUUGGCAUGGCAGGCGUGGUGAAGCGAGCUGACGUGAAGGAGGACAAAGAUGGAAGGAGUCGUGGAAUGGGAACGGUCAUCUUUGAGCAGCCACUGGAGGCAGUGCAGGCCAUCUCCAUGUUCAAUGGACAAACUCUCUACGACAGACAGAUGCUCGUCAAAAUGGACGACAAGUCAAUUACUCUUGACGACGGCUCAAUGGAUAAAGCCCCUCUGUUGCCACGUGGGCUUGCUGGAGUGGGCAUGGGACUGGGACCAGGAGGUCAGCCUAUCAGUGCCAACAGUCUGACUGGAGCCGGCGACAUAGGCCCUAUGAGAACUGGAGGCAUGGACAUGAGCAGCUUCAGCGGAAUGAACCGACUCGGAGGGAUGGGAGGAAGCUUUGGCGGCAUUGACAACAUGGCAGGAUUUGGACGAGACAUGAGCCGGCUCGGAGACAUGUUGCGGUCGGGAAUGGGCAACAUGGACGGGAACUUCGGCCGCAAUGACAUGAUGAUGAACAGAGGGUUCGGAGACUCGUUCGGAGGAAUGGGAGGCGGGAGCUUCGGAGGAGGGAUGGGCAUGGGCUCAGGAAUAGGCGGAGGAAUGGGCAGCAUGGGUAUGGACCGGAUGGGCUCUGCGUUCGACCGGAUGCCCGCGGGGCUGGAGAUGAACCGCAGCUUUGGGAGCUUCGGCGGCAGCGGUGGCGGUAGCGGAGCAGGCCACAUGAGCGGAGGCAUGUCCAACGGGAGGGGCAAACCGGGCUGCCAGAUCUACGUCCGAAACCUACCCUAUGAGUUGACAUGGCAGAAGCUAAAGGACAGCUUCGGUCACUGUGGUCAGGUGAUGUACGCCGACAUCAAGAUGGAGAACGGGCGCUCGAAGGGCGCGGGCACGGUGCGCUUCGACUGCCCCGAGAGCGCGGAGGUGGCCAUCAGACUCAUGAACGGAACCAAGAUCAACGGGCGCGAGGUGGACGUGCGCCUGGACCGCACCAACUGA